GACAGCCAGUAUUGCUAAUGGCCGCUGCUAGGGUGGUUUGCUCCUCGCGCUCGCAGCGCGUCACUCGUUGAUUGCUUGUUUACUUUAUUUACAUCACAGUCCUAAGCCUUAUCAUCACAGUGACAAGUGUUUAAACGAAUAAAGUUGUCAGUGUUACAAACAAAUAGGAGAUUAUAAAGCGUGUGUCGAAAGUUUCGUCGCGAUGUGCGGUAUCGUUAGCGUUGCGUUGAAAUGAGAAUGCAUCGCCCGGUGUAAAUUUUGUGGUGGAUCAAAAUCAAAUGUUCAGUUCGAGAGGCGCAAUGUGUAACCGGCAGCAUACGCAGGCGUGUUUGAACACGUCCCUGUCUAUUAGACAGGAGAUACAGAGGUUUGAGAGCGUGCAUCCAUCUAUUUACGCUCUGUAUGACCUUGUGGAGUUGGUGCCGGACCCUCUGCUGGCUCAGCAGAUUCGUGACCACGUCGUGGCUAUAGAAGAUUCAUUCGUGAAUAGCCAAGAAUGGACGGCCGCGCGAGGUGUCACGGAAUUACGAGUUGGCGUCUUAGGAUCGCCGGACAGCGGGAAAUCUGCGCUAGUCCAUCGGUAUCUAACAGGGGCAUACAUGCAAGAAGAAAGUCCGGAAGGGGGCCGCUUCAAGAAGGAAGUGAUCAUCGAUGGCCACAGCUACCUCCUGCUCAUAAGGGACGAGGGAGGCUCUCCGGAGAUGCAGUUUACUGCCUGGGUCGACGCCGUGAUCUUCGUAUUUAGUCUCGACAACGAGGUCAGCUACAACACAGUCUCCAACUAUUUCAACAAAAUGUCUCACUAUCGAAACUCCGCCGAGAUACCGAUCAUUUUGGUUGGAACACAAGAUGCCAUAAGUGAAAGUAGUCCACGCGUCGUGGACGACAACCGCGCUCGCAAGCUGUCAAAUGAACUGAGAAGAUGCUCAUACUACGAGACCUGCGCUACGUACGGAUUGAAUGUCGAGCGCGUGUUCCAAGAUGCGUGUCAGAAGAUCGUUGGUUCGAGGCUGUCAGCAUCGCAGCAAUGCCUGGCGGGAUCGCGUCCUGUCACGCCUCAGCCCAUGGCUAACUCUCCCAGUCACAAUCAUUCCACAUUCCUCUAUAAGGACUCCCUCCCACGAGGCAACCACACCCUCUCUGCCUCGUCGCACCACCUCCACCGAGGCGCCUCAUCGUUCGACGCCUCCUCGAACAGCAGCGGCAUCUCAUCGACCCAUGUGGUGGAGAUCCACAGUACGAAUGGGUCGGACACGUCUUCGCGGUGGGGCAAUUCGCUUGGGAGCCACGGGUCGAGCUCGGGCCUCGUGUCUAUUGCGACGGAGAAUAAUAAUGUGAAGUUUACGCAGCCGCAUUGUCUAGACAACCUCCAAGUAAAAGACAAAGACCUACCAACACCAUCGUCCACACCUACCACCUCCAGAAAAUCACGAAGAAGAUCGAACCUAUUCACUCCAUCAAAGAAAGGGGACGACCGGCUAAAGAACGGAGAGCUGGGGUCCGGUCGGGCGAUACCCUUGAAACAGGGGUAUUUGUAUAAGAAGAGUAGUAAGGCCCUCAACAAGGAGUGGAAGAAGAAAUAUGUGACGCUCUGUGAUGAUGGCAGGUUGACUUAUCAUCCUAGUUUACAUGAUUACAUGGAGGAUGUAAACGGCAAAGAGAUCUCACUACAAUACGUGACGGUGAAGGUGCCCGGACAGAAGCCUAGAGGCUCCAAGUCCAUCAUCACAACCGUGCCAGGCUACAAUGGGUACAGCAGUCUGGAUUUACAUGACAGCAUCGGGGGACUGAGUCUUGGAUACAAAGACAAGCCAGUUCGCUUGACAGACAAAGCGUUGAUGUCAGCGUUCGACACGCUGAAAGAGCCCGCGUCGUCGCGACAAUCUCUCGCAUCAGAAGCUGAGGCUAAUGGUGAUAAAGAUACGCCUCAUGUCAAGAAACGACAUAGACGGAUGAAGAGUAGCGGCGUGAAAAAAGAUGGGGAUGAUGAUGCCGAUGGCGGCGCUUCAUGCGAGUUUACAAUAGUGUCGCUGGACGGCAAGAGAUGGCGCUGGGAAGUAGGUGGCGCUAGUGGCGCGGCCGCGGCUGCUGAGCGAGACGCGUGGGUGUGCGCCGUAGAGGCACAGAUACUGGCUUCUUUACAAGGAAGGACGUCCCGAUUGCCAGCGCCGACGGGCGCCAACUCGACGGGCGACGUUCGCGCCACGUACUACAUUAGGCGCGUGCACGGCAACGACAAGUGCGCGGACUGUGGGGCCAAUGAUCCUGACUGGGCGAGCUUGAACCUAGGUGUGCUGAUUUGCAUCGAGUGCUCGGGCAUUCACCGCAACCUCGGCUCGCAUAUUUCGCGCGUACGCUCCCUAGAUCUCGAUGAGUGGCCAUUGGGUCACGUGAGUGUCAUGGUGUCUAUGGGUAAUGGGCUGGCCAACAAUAUUUGGGAGGCGGACCUACGCGGGCAUAUAAAACCUAUUGCAUCUUCUAGUCGAGAAGAGAAAGAAAGAUGGAUCCGUCUAAAAUACGAGCGUCGCGCGUUCCUCUCGUCCACCGAGGUCCCUACGGGCGUUGAAUCCCUCCUCACGGCCUCCUCGCGCGGCGCCAUAUCCUCGCUAGCGCGCAUGCUGGCCGUGCCCGCGCCGCGCGCGCCCACGCCGGCUGAACGGGCUUUAGCGCUGAGAGCGGCCGCCGCAGCGGGGCAGCUGCCCGCUGCACAGCUGCUUAUAUGGCACAACGGCAACCCGAACUACCCGGACGCGGACGGGCACACGUGCGUGUUCUACGCGCGCGCCGCCGCCAACCACCUCUCCGGCGUCCCCCCCCACUUCCCCAAGAACCUCCAACUCCUCUGCCCCCUCCACCCCAACCCCCCCCAAUCCUCCAACUCCUCCAACACCAGCUCCAACUCCUCAAACAAAAGCAACCUCAAAAACCCUGAGCCUGAAUGUAACUGUAUAAUCUUUGAGCUGCUUAACGCUCAGAGCGCGGCUAAUGCUCUAGUUGAACUUCUAAUCGGGUUACAAAAUAAUCAGUACAUGAACGGGUAUGAGGGGAAUGGGUUCAGCCAUGGAACCCUAGGUAGGGGUACAUCCCUUGGGGGUUUAGGGGGAAAUCUGUCGUUGACCAACGGGAAGUGUGGUAGUAUUGUUUAAUUUGGAUUAUGUUAC